AUGCGUUCUAAAUUGAAAUUGUUACUAUUUUUUCGUUUAUUGUGGUUCUGUGUAGCCAGUUACCACGAGCAAUAUAGAGUGCCCCAGACAUCAACUGACAAAUGGGAAUCAUAUGUAUUUCAGAGCAAAGAGUAUAUAAUUCAGAAUUUGCCUGUAAGUUGGGGGAACGCUAAGAUAUUAUGUCGUGGUCAUCACAAUGGCACAUUGGCUGUUUUGGACACAAAAGAAAAAGCAGAAUUCAUUGCUGAAUCGUUGUCAGAAUCACAACUCUUAAUAGAGUCAGUGUGGGUUGGCGCUAGAAGAAGUUCGGCAGAAGAUCCCGCUGGUUACAGGUGGGGGAAGGGAGUGGAACUGAGAAGGACUGCUGCUGAUGUCCUCUUGGAUGAACAGGACAAGGAUGUUGGGAGACAUUAUCCUAUGUGGUUUAACAGGACCCGAGUGCCAGUACCAGAUACUGGAGCCGACUGUGUGGGUCUAGAACGGGUGUACCACGAUAGACCAGUUUUCGUUGAUCUACCGUGCAGUUUGGAAAGGGCGUUCGUUAGUGAAAAAGAGGCGCACGAAGAAGUUAAAGUGAGGGAACUGAAGGUGGUGAGAUGCAGAACUGGCCUGUACCGCGUGUAUGAUGGAAGGAUGAACUGGUAUGAAGCAGCCGCCUACUGCAUGCUUCACAAUAUGAGUUUAGCCAACAUAGCAACAAUGAGGUGUCUGAAGAAGCUGGGCAGAAGCAUGCUAAGAACACGACCGAGUAUAGAAAACGCAUGGAUCGGUGCCCAGGGGAAUCUUGGGAACUGGUAUUGGGUGGAUACGGGAGUCAGUAUAUUCCAGCCACCGGUAUACCUGGACGCCCAGUCGGAUGUAUGGCCACCGAUGAGAGAAAAAUCCCAAAUAAAGCAGAGUGGUUGCCUACAAGUGGAUCGAGACGCCUCCAACACACCGGUGUUUCUAGAAGCGAGAUGCGAGAGAAAAAUGCAGUUCAUAUGCUACGAAAUUACGCCAUCUUUAAAAACGACACUAGCGCCGCCCAGCGACGACAUUUACAAUUACGUACUAAUUAAGCAACUGAUGUACUGGCAGCAUGCUUUUGAAAACUGUCAAAAGAUGAAAGGAUUUCUUGCUAGCGUUGACAAUAACGAUAUGCUCAUACAAUUAUUGCUACUUAUGGGAGAAAAUGAGGAGCAACCAAUCGACCACAUCUGGAUUUCUGGUCGCCUAAACAUGACCAAGGACGCAAGCGAUGGCGUCAAGUACCUCUGGCACAAUCCCACCAAUGGGAAACGAAUCUACGAUAAAUCGCAAUCGCGUGAUACUUCAAAUGAACUUUACGUACCGCCAUGGCUUGAUGAGGAGUUUUCUAUGGAUAAUUCAUGUCUGAAUCUAGACAGACAGGACCAUUUGAAGGGAUUGCUGUAUGGAUUACCAUGCGAUACACCACAGUACUCCAUUUGUAUGAUUGAAAAGUCUACAACAGCUGUCCCAUUAGAUAACACCACCGAUGGAUACAACACAGCAUAAAUAUUAAACAGCUGUCCCAUUAGAUAACGCCACCGAUGGAUACAACACAGCAUAAAUAUUAACACUUGACCGCCACCACAAUUUACAGAAAUCUGGUUGAAAUGACAAUUUGAUUUAAUCACAUUAUUAUAAACUUUA